AUGACGGAUGAUGUGGCGGACAGUAUCUCAAGCAACAUCACCUCCGCAUUCCAGGCUGGAGCUUUCUUUGGUGCCAUAUUCUGCUUUUUGAUCACAGAGCGUGUUGGAAGAAAAUGGGCACUGGAAGUUAGCUCGGUUAUCUUCGUUGUCGGCGCGGUCCUGAUGACUGCAGCCACCAGCCAGCUUUCGUAUAUUUAUGCUGGCCGCGUUCUCACGGGGCUCGGAUGCGGUAUCAUCACAGCAACAGUGCCCAGUUACAUCGCCGAGCUGUCAGUCCCGUCCAUCCGUGGCAUUCUGACCGGUCUUUUCGAGAUCGUGUACCAAGUCGGGUCCGUCUUGGGGUUCUGGAUCAACUAUGGGAUCACAAAGAACAUGGACUCAUCCAGCGCAGCAAGCUGGCGGAUCCCCAUGGCCGUUCAGCUGAUCCCAGCCGGCCUCUUGUUGGGCGGCUGCUUGUUCAUCCACGAGAGCCCCCUGUGGCUCAUGCGGAAUGACAAGGAGGAGCAGGUCUUCAAGAACCUGCAGUAUCUCCGUCAGCUCGCCCCAGAGCACCAGUACAUACAAGAAGAGGUGCAAAUGAUGCGGGAUAGGCUCGCCGAGGAGGCCGCCGUCUCCGGCAAGUACGGCAGCGGCCGGUGGGCAUUCUUCCGUGGAGCCAUGAGCGAAUUGAGCCGGAAGGGCAUGAGGAAUCGUGUGUGGCUCAUCUUCUGCGGCUUCGCUCUUCAGAAUUUCGGGGGUGCUGGAGCUAUCAACUACUAUUCUCCCACCUUGUUCGGCUCUCUUGGAAUCACAGACGUCACGCUGUACACCGGUAUUUAUGGCCUGGUAAAAGCCAUUGCCUCUCUGAUCUUCUACAUCUUCCUCAUUGACAUGUGGGGUCGCCGAGUCCCUACGAUUGCCUCGUCGCUCGGCUGCUCUUUGUGUCUUUUCUAUAUUGGCGCAUACGUCAAAAUUGGUCAUCCAGCAGAUAUUAUCAAGGCCGGCAAAGAACUGUCCACAUCGACGGCCGCUGGUGGCCAAGCCGCGACGGCACUCAUCAUGAUCUAUUCCGUAUUCUGGUCUUUCGGCCUCAAUGGAAUUCCAUGGAUUGUAUCGGCUGAAAUAUUCCCUGGCGCCCUGCGUACUAUCACCGGAACCUGGACUGCUUGCUGCAACUGGCUUACUCAAUUCAUCAUCACAAAGUCGCUGCCUUACAUCUUCACGUCUAUGGGCUACGGUACCUGGUUCUUCUUUGGCACCUGGUUGCUGAUCGCCAUGGCCUGGGCCUUCUUCUUCUUGCCGGAGACCAAGGGUGUCUCUAUCGACCAAAUGGAUCUCCUCUUUGGCUAUGAGGGCCACAGACAAAGCCUUUCCUUCAAAGAAAAUACCAACCGGCCUUUCGCUGAUGGAAAGGACAAGACGGUCGACAGCGAACACGCAGAGGAACUGUAG